AUGAGUUCGCUGAUUCUUUUAAAUACUCUUAAAUCUGGUCUAGACCCAAGUUUACAAAAACAACUCGACUCGAACCCAAGUUUAUCCAAAGAAGCAGAGAAAUACCUCCACGAAAUUCUCCUUAAUGACGACCUUUUAUCUACUGAUGCAUUCACUACAACCACAACUACUGCAACAGCUGCAGCUACAGUUACAAGUCCCGCACAUGGUGCAUUAAGCAACGCAGCAGUAACGACACCGACUAGAGAAUUCAGUCAGCCACAAUCGCAGGUCAAAACAAUAGUUGAGGAGAUUGCCGAGUUGGAUCUACAUAAGCACAAGAUUAAUCAAGAAUUAAGCACACUCACAAAUGACAACCGAGAUUUGAUAAUUGAAGUCAAUCAAGACUUAAAUGAUGUGAACCAUAAAUUAUCAAUUGACUAUCCACACUACAUUGAGCUGCUUCUCAAAAUUCUUGAAAAUGACACCAAUGCACAAAACUCCUUACCCUCAGAUCAUCACCAACCUCGCCAACCUCGCCAACAACAACAACAACAACAACAACAGCAGCAACAGCAGCGUCAGAUUGGUAAUGACCAUCAUCAUCAUCAUCAUCAUCAUCACCAACAUCAUAGUAGUAUAAGUAGCAUCCACAACAAGUUACAAAACCAUGACAAGAGCCUACUUCAGUCAAUUGAACUCGAUAGCCAAAUAUUGGGCAACAUGGAUUUUAUAUUGGAUAUUCUUGAGCUACCUACAUUAUGCAAAUUAUGUAUCCUUCAAGGAAAUUACCAAGAGUCAUUGGAAAUUUCCAUGUAUGCGAAAUCGCUUAUUAUCAGAUUCCCCAAUUUACAAAUUUUCAAAACCAUUGCAGAACAAAUUGAUAAUGAGUUGCACUUGAUGCUAAAGGGAUUAAUCAAGUUAUUGAACACAGAUUUAAGACAGAAUCAUAUUUUGAAAAUCUUUCAAAUCUUGAACAAAUUGGACACUAUAAGUGGCAAAGUCUUGCAUCGAAUAUACCUAAAUAGUAGGUUCAAGUUUAUCACAAAUGAAAUUUCCAGCAUAAAGCCAAUCUUAAAAUUCAACAAAUUGACAUAUUUGAAGAGGUAUGUGGAAAUAUACAGAGAACACUUGUAUGCCUCGUUAUCAAUGUACAACACUAUUUUUAAGGAGGAGGUUAACUUAAUUCUAUUGAAUGAAUUUGUCACCAGCUUAGGAUACGCUUUAUGUGAUGAGUUUAUCAAAUAUUUACCUACUAUCAAAUCACAAGUUAUUGGUAUAAGUGAUGGAAACGAGGCCUCAAUCGAAGCACAGUUGGAAUUAAAUAAUGCAAUUGAUGGCUUACUAUUACAACUAAUUUACCUUAGCAAGUCAUUAUCCAAUUUUCAAUUUGACUUUGAACCAAUUUUGUUGUCGCAACUAUGCUACAAACAUGAGCUUUUCACGGAAAAGAGCUGGGUAGAUAACCUGAACAAGGUAAAGAAACAUCGCUGA